AUGUUCUUGACGACUUCUUUGACAUUCUAUGUUGCUCACUUUCUCCUCUUGACAUUCACUGCACUCUUGCAACAUGAACUGAUAUUUUUUUUUUGUCUUUCAUUUCUUUCACUCUCUCUCGUAUCUCUUUCACUCUCUCUCGUAUCUCUCUCUCACUCUCUCUCGUAUCUCUCUCUCACUCUCUCUCGUAUCUCUCUCUCACUCUCUCUCGUAUCUCUCUCUCACUCUCUCUCGUAUCUCUCACUCACUCUCUCUCUCUCGUAUCUCUCACUCACUCUCUCUCGUAUCUCUCUCACUUUCUCUUCUCGAGAGGUGGUGUCAGAAGAUGCCAAAUCUUGGUGGGAUGACCAGUACCGCUCAUCUGCUAGAACUUGCAUUCAUGCAUAUUGGAAAGGAAAUUGUAAAAAGACUGCCAUGGGUUUGCAGUGUGAAAUUGGCCUGCGUACAAGGACUUACCAUGUUCUAAGUGGUUCUGUACUGAGUGUGUGGAGUAAAGUGGAAAAUGUUCUCACCUCUUUACCUGGAGGAAACUCUUCCAAAAUGCAAAUUAUUCGACUUAGAACCGAUGAUAAACGAAGAAUUGUUGGCAGUUUAAUUCCAGGCAAUUGCUUGAAAGCCUUGUGUAAUGUCCUGUCUCAGGAUUCUGCACAUACCUACACUGAAACCCCGGAUCAGAAUGCAAUGGAGAGCGUCCACUUGAGCAUGCCUGUGCUUUUAUGA